UGAUCGAGCCAUGGCCUUCCUGUGGAUCCUUUCCUGUCUCGCCUUUGCUGGCACUGCCUACGGCUGCGGCACCCCCGCCAUCCCCCCUGUCAUCACCGGUUACUCUCGUAUUGUGAAUGGUGAGGAGGCGGUGCCUCACUCCUGGCCCUGGCAGGUGUCUCUGCAGGAUUACACCGGAUUCCACUUCUGUGGAGGGUCCCUCAUCAACGAGAACUGGGUGGUGACCGCCGCCCACUGCAACGUCAGGACGUCCCAUCGCGUGAUCCUCGGAGAACAUGAUCGCUCGUCCAAUGCUGAGGCCAUCCAGGUGAUGAACGUUGGCAAGGUGUUCAAACACCCACAGUACAACAGCUACACCAUCAACAACGACAUCCUGCUCAUCAAGCUGGCGAGCCCCGCCCAGCUCAACGUGCGUGUUUCUCCUGUGUGCGUGGCCGAGACCGGAGACAACUUCCCUGGAGGCAUGAAGUGCGUGACGUCCGGCUGGGGUCUGACCCGUUACAACGCCCCUGACACCCCCGCCCGCCUGCAGCAGGCCACCCUGCCCCUCCUGACCAACUCGAACUGCAGCAGUUACUGGGGCAACAAGAUCACCAGCCUGAUGAUCUGCGCCGGCGCCUCUGGAGCCUCCUCCUGCAUGGGUGACUCUGGUGGUCCUCUGGUGUGCCAGAAGGGCGGAGCCUGGACUCUGGUGGGCAUCGUGUCCUGGGGCAGUGGAACCUGCACCCCCACCAUGCCCGGUGUGUACGCUCGCGUCACCGAGCUGCGAGCCUGGAUGGACCAGACCAUCGCUGCCAACUGAGCGUGCUCAGAAGAACACAUCCGUUUUCUCCUGAUUCUCAAUAAAACCCUGAAACUAUGA